UUUCAGACUGAAGAAGAUCUUUUGGAAGUAUCUCUUGAUAUUUCUUUAGAAAAAGAUAAGGCUUCCCAGUAUACUUCUAAGGCAUAUUUUAAACAAGACUAUUCUAAGCUUCACAAUUCUUUUGACAUAAAGUUGGAAAUAAGAAAUAAAACUGAUAUUAGCCUGUUUCAAAUGGAAUAUAUUUAUCACAACCAUAGUGAAGAGAUUAUUUCUAACGGAAAAAUGAUAACCACAAUGCUGUCCUUAAAACCUUUCGAAUACUCUUUACUGCUGAAUAAAGGAAAAAAUCCUAUUAUUAAUAUAGACCUGAGGUUUACAGAUCAAAGCGGAAAGCGAAUGGAUUACGGAAUACGAGUAUUAAAAAGAAACGAGGUUUUAAAUACAGAAAUAUGGACACCAAUUCUAAACUUCAGAAAUAUAUCUGUUCAUGGAACGCUGAUGCCUUUACGUUCUGAUCAAUAUAGAUUUGAUGGAGUAUUGUAUCGAGAUAUGAUAACUUAUAACCUAAAUGGUGUGGUAUAUUUCGAUGACAUAUAUCUGAAAAAAGUGCGUCUACAAGCAUACCCUUUGUCUGGUAAACCGAACGGUUUGAUAGAAUUUGAUUUUAUGAAAAAUAAUGAUACAGAAAGUGACUUUGAUUUCUAUUUCAAUGCAAUGGAAAAUGGAGAAUACUGUAAACUUUCAGGUGGUUAUUCUUAUAAUAACCUAACUGGUGUUGAUUUAUCAAUACUUCUUCAGUCAACAGUAUCAGCUAUUGGGAGAAUUCAUGGUAUUGGUAGCUAUCAUUUAACUAAAGAUGAUAGUAUUAUUGCAAAGUUGACUUUAGAAACACCUUGGCGCUAUAAGACCAUAAAUAUUUGGUCACAAAUAUAUAGACGCCCGGACCAAGGCAAAAUUCAUGGAGGCUACAAAUUUGAUAGCCACACGGCUUAUGGGAACUGUGAGUGGUCUUGGAAGCCAGAACAAAAUAUGCGCAUUUUAAUAGAAAGUAGCAUCGAUCGACCGGAUGGAAAUUCAAGCUUUGUAUUUACUGAACUAAACUAUGUUAACCCUAACAUAACCUUUCAGGAUUUACAUAUUGGCGGAAAGCUAAAUAUUAGCUCAGUAUUCAAUUUCGAAGUAAAUGCUUCUUUAAACUAUGAAUCAAUUGAUAACGUUCAAGUUGGCAUUAUAACUUACUGGCCAUUACGAAAACAUGAAAUACAUGAAAUAAAAGGUCGAUACUGUGGAAAUUUAAUUAGCAAGCAAGAUACAAAUUUGGAAGUUUUUGUAGAAGGAAAAUAUUCCGAAAAAUUGUCGAAUCGAUGGUGUUUAGCACGUUUUGUAUACACAAAUCUUACUAACAUACGCAGUAUGGGUCUUGUUGAGUGGCAUUUGACCGAUAAAACGAGCACAUUCCAAGCGGAUGUUGAAAUGUCGAUGGUAGCAAAAGCUCGACGGGAAUUUCUUGCUAAAUUUAUCACGCCGAAAUUUGGCAAUCAAGCUACUUUACUUUUAACUGGCUCUUACGAUCGUAUAAAUGGAAAUCACAGACAUUUUAAUUGGUCAAUUCACUAUCCAUCCACUACACGCAUUGCCGAUAUGGACCUAUCAAUUCAAUCUUUUUCUAACCUGAACGCUGUGUUAAAUUGCACCACGCCCUUUUUAGAAUGGCCGUGGAUUAAAGCGGAUUUAAAUUUCACCACACAUGGAUUAGCCACCUAUCGCUUGUGCAGAAUUGAGUGGUCAAAAGACUUCAGCUUUAUCAAACUGCAUAGCACCAAAAGGCGCGGUAAGUUUAACAAUUUGUUAGAAGGAAAUAUUACACUGGAAGUACCUUUGAAUACACGACAUCGCGGCUGCAUUAAGUAUACACUCAAUGAAACAAAGAAACUAGACAAAGGCAGCAUCCAUGUUAGUUACAAUGAAAAGUUGGUGGUUCAUGGAACAUAUCAGCGUGAAGUUCAAAAUUAUGAUGUUUUAAAAGAAACAACCGAUAUUAUAAUAGAUAACAUUUUUAAGCCAAUAGGAAUCCAUUUUGUGAAUAGCUCUGAUAUGCGUGACAUUGAUAAGAUUUUCAGCGUAAGACACAUAGAACUUUUUGACUUACAUAACUCAAAAUUUAUCAACUUGACAUGUGAGUUAUAUGUCACCACAUCGGAAGCUGAGAAAGAAGUCAAAUUGGUGGCUAUUCAUCCGAAUCGGACCGUUAUUGUAACAACAAGUUUUAAAACGCCAAACCCUCAAACAAUCAAUCAUCGAGGUAAAUUAGAACUAUCUAAAACUGCUUGGAUUGAAUACAACUUAGUAAUUGGAAACAAUAACACGGAUAAUAAUGAAAUUCGAAAUUUUGUUGCCAACUUAACAUAUCCCAAGCGGAGCAUAUCUAUGAACGGCUUUUACUUAACGACUUCCAAUGCUUUUAAUUCCAACGUAUCGUUUGAAUGGUCUGAAGGCGACAAUGAUAAUACAAGAGCAGUGUGGACAAGUAUUUUGUGCCAAACAGAAGCACUAGGGCCAGAAGACAAUGACAAUAAAACCAUAAUGUUGGUCCUAGGACAUCGUCUUUUAGAAAGAGAUAUAAAACUAAAAGGUUCUUUCUAUCGUGGCAUCAAGGAGUUAUUCAAGGUCAAUGUACUAAUAGUCUAUUCUUACGAGAUGGAUCAUUUGAUUGUAAUCAACGCUGUACUUAAGGAUUUACGCGACGGACUUGAUCUUGAAAAAUACGGAUUGGAAUUUUUAACUUAUCACAAGGCGUCCGAAUUAGACGUACAAUUGAAUGGUUCUGCCACUGCAAGAACUUCUUAUUUCAAAAUACAAACCAAAUCAUUAUACAAGAGAGAUUAUUUUCCAGCGAAACAUGGAUUAUUUUUGAUUUUACUAGAUUCUCAUAACAAGGAAAUUGAAUACAUGCGUAAAUCACCUUACGGUACAUUGCGUAUAUGGAUGCAGCCGAAUUUUAACUAUCCGGUAUACGGAGUGAAUGCCACGCUGUGGAACACACCCGCUGUCAACAAUUCUGGUUAUAUUUACAUUGAUAUGCUUCAAAAAGAAGCCCAUAUGUACUUUAAUUUAACAGAAGACGGUAGUCACAACCUUUUAAUGUUUGGAUGUAUUCCCGAUUCACGAAAGAACUAUAUAAAGGUCUGGCGUAACUAUGAUGAGAUAAGUGUGGUUGAUGUUAGCUCAUAUAUCAAAUUAAAUCACUCUCGUCAUUUAAGUGGAGGUUUACAUUGGCGACCAAAAAUAAAAAGUGAAUUAAAAGAGAAAAUCAUCAGCACUAAGGAAGCUCUUUUGAAUGCAUUUACUGAACAAAUUGAUUUUUGGACAACAACGCUACAUAUUGAAACUUUUUCCGCAAUUACUGUUGUUUGGGAAACAGCAAAAGAAUAUAAUAAAGACUUCAUCAAUGAUAUAAGCCAGCUAAGUGUUUUAAAGGAAGACUUGGAAGACUUCCGUACUUUUAUGAAUAAAUCAUACGAAGCGAAUGACUUUUAUAUCAAAACGUUCGUUAACUUUACAUACACUAUGCUGGAUGAAAUAGCUCUACGAGACCAAGUGGAUUCAUUACCGAUAAUAUUUAAAGAGAUUGGGCAAUUUUUAGGAGAAUCCGUAAAAGUAUUGAGCAGGAGCAUAGUUCAGAUGAUUGAGAUGAUAAAGAGGACUUAUAAUAAAAUUGUACAAGGCAUCAAUAACUUCUUUCAUGGACAGUCUCUGAAAUAUUUAACCGAUGUUAUGGAGAAAGGUUUCAAAAAGUACGAAAAAUUUGUAAAAGAGUUACACAUAUCUUUUAUUCAUCAUAUAGAAAUUUUUUGGAGUAAAUUCUCUAACGCAAUUUCCACCUAUUUCAAAGGAGUUCUUAAACGUAUCGAACCUCACGUGUUCGAAUCUAUGAGUUUUAUUGAAAAAACCAUAUGGGACUUGAGCAAAAAGGUGUUCAACUUUAUCUAUGAACGAACGAAUGAAUUGGCUGAGUCAACUUAUUUUAACCAAAUUUCUAGUUUUACACAAGAUAUAGAAAAUUUAUAUAAAGACAUAAAAUCGCAUGAUUUCAUUUUAAAUACUAAAAAGUAUGCGUCUGUUGCUUGGAGUUUUUUAAAGGAAAAAUAUUACAAAGUUAUCCCGUUCGGCUCCGAACUGAAUGAAGUUAUACACGAAAUUUGGCAUGAAAUUAAAGAGCUGGGAAAGAUAAAGCAACUUAAGGUUCUCAUCAAGAAAUUUAAUCACGUAGUUUCCGAAAUGGAAUGGAUGGCCAAGGAAUUGAAAUUUAGGAAGCAUUUGCAACAGAUUUAUGCUCUGAUUCGUAACAAAAUGCGAAACUAUGCACUGAAUGCUUUGGAAAUAGCGAGCAUAUAUCGUGAAGCAAAAACUAAGUUCGUAUUCGACCCUGAAAAAGGCGUAAUUGAUUUUGAACAGAAGCUACCAGUAUCAUGGUAUGCCUUUAAUGAAACUCCGAAAUUCCAAGAGAUACCAGAAUAUCAACUCAUAAAGCAGGUGCAAAAUAUACUGUCUGCCAACGAUACAUCAUUUAUAAAACACAUCUACGAUUUUCGUUCAUAUUUGGAUCCGAAAACCUGGCUACUUUCACAUUACUCACGAGCGUUUUUGAUAGACUCCGGGUUCUAUAUAACUUUCGAUAAGCGUUUAGUGACUCUGAACGUCGAUCCGGAGGAGGUCACAAAUUGCACUUAUCUGCUAUCACAUGAGUUCUGGAACAAUAGUUUCAGUCUCUUCGUGGAUUUUUUGUCCACCAGUGGAAACAAGGUGGUUUCUGGGACGAAAUAUACACUUAUUGCCAAGGAACACUCGUUUGAAAUUUGCUUUAAACCCGAUGCAUUGAUAAUUGAUGGCAUAUUAAAUCCAUGGUUGCCUGCAAAGCUCGACAAUAUCUUGGUACAAAGGGACUCGAAUAUGCUAUUAAUACAUUCAGUGGAUGGAUACAAAUUGGAGUGCAACAUGCGAUUUGACAUGUGUUGGUUUGAAGUUAGUGGCAAAUAUUUUGGCAGAACAGCUGGUAUCCUAGGCACAAUGAAUAACGAGCCGUUUGACGAUUUCAUAACACCUUCUAAUUCCAUUGCUAAAUCGAAUGAUAUUUUUACUGAUGCUUGGAACUCAAAUAUCUGUAAUAAAAAAAGAGCGAAGAAGGCGUCGACAGUUAAAUUUACGGGGCCUUUUGAAAUAUGCCAACAAUUAUUUUCAUCAUUCACACAUUGCGCAAAUCUUGUGGAUCCAGAACAUUUUAUAACCAUUUGUAUGGAAUUAGGUAAUAAAUCAAAUAAAGGUAAUUCAGGACAUUCAUCACUCAAGGGAUACUGUACUGCUGCAGUUGCAUAUAUAGAAGUUUGUCGGCUUGCUAAAAUUCCAAUGCGAGUGCCGCAACAAUGUAUAUUGUAA